CCAAGCUGCAGUCGUUCAUCAUCGACGCCUCCUCUCCAUUGUUUCCCGACAGAGUGUCCCAGAUCGAGCAGGAAAGGUUUCCACGAGCAUUCGCAGCGAAUGUAGCUUCGAGAUCACCGAACAAACCUCGCCGCCAUGGAUGGUACAUACGGGAACGUUUUCCCCACUAGUAGGGCUAUGUCCCCGAACGCAUCAACACCGAGCGGAGGCCAAUACAAAGUAAACGUCAGUCGCCAGAAGACGAAGAAAUGGGCCAACUUCAAACCCCAAAACUACGACGGCGAUGAUUGGGGAGACGAGUACGAUGACGAGCCAGCACCCGAACCAGCAGAGCCCCCGCUUCCGGCAAAACCGAUGGGGCCUCGUCUUCCCGCGGGGAACUCUCCGACUUCGAGGCAAUUCGAGCCUAUGGGCGCAGCGCCGCCUUUGCGAGCACAUACCCAACAAUUUCCAACCCCGCCAUCUGGUCCCUCACCGACGCCCGGCGGGCCUCCGCGGAGGAUAACCGAGCCGGUCAGAUCCUCACCACAUAACGUGUCGGGACACACUCACUCGCCAUUCCCCCCUGAUGCAAGGCGCGGCUCCCCCGCAACACAGGGUGCUCACCAACUCCCGUCCCAGCUCCCGCCUCGGGAGAGCAGCACGGUGAGCCCGCAACCAAGCAACAAACCGCUCCCGCUCAUCCGUCCAGCCGACGUCUAUCAGCGAAUGGCGGAGGAGCGGGAGAGGGAACAGCAGUCGCUAGCAGGUGGCCGACCAGCAGAAGGCGCGGCUGGUGUCCGACCUGGGGGGCCGUCCGAGGUGGAAACGCAACCGCACGGAGGGGGGAUUGUGACUCAAUCCGCGGAUUUCCCAGGAGCUGAAGACAACGGGACCGGGCGGACGCUGAAUUAUGGCGCCGGCCUAACCCCCAUCGCGGAAAGGCAAAGCGAGUACGGGUUUGACGGGUUUCUUGCUAGCUAUGGUGCUGAGGCCAGCGCAGAGUCUCCCGCAGCGCAGGGGCAACAUGCCGAAGGUCAAAAGUCUGUCCAGCCUGUUUCUCAUGAGGAUAUCCGGCGUUAUUCAACAAGCCCCCAGUUGCCGAAUCUGAGUCGCAUGUCGGGUUUUGGCGAUGAUCUUUUCUUUUCAUCGAGCCUCUUCCCUGCUUCAGGACUACGCUCACCUCUUUCUGGCAGCAUGCAACUGCCGACGUCGGACCAAUCCAUACCUGAGGCCGAUGAAUCUGCCGCGGCUGCAGCAGAGGCCCCAGGCCAAUUGGCCACCGCUCCUACUCCACAGGGUGUGACCUCGACCACAGCGACAACUGACGCUGGCGUACGAGCUGACGCAGGCCCGUCGCCGCCCAACGAGCCCGACCAAGAUCGGGCCGUUGGGUUGUCGCACCAAGGUGCGGCACAACCUGUUCUCGGCGCCUCCGAGCAGCAGCCACCCGCCGUAGACGCAGCUCGGGAGCCGGCAUCAUCCACCGAAACACAACCAGCCCCCUUGGCGGUCAGGCCGCAGCUGCCGGGUGGCUGGGUCACCGAAACCACGUCAACGCCCUCCGACCUGACCACAUUCUCCCCCGCUGGUGACUCUACAGAAACGCUAGACAAGGCGGCUGAAUCCAGCGGCGGGAUCACUGCCAUUCCCCAGUCCAAGGUUAUUUCCUCUGAUGUUUCCAGCCACCGACAAUCCGACAUCGAACCGGGUGUAACGAGUGAAGCCGAGGCAGUAAAGGAACGUUUCGCUUCUGGGUCGCCUCAUCCAGCCCUACCGCGUGACUCUCCCCCGCUCUCAUCAUCGAGCCCGGCUCCGAGUAUCGCAAAAUCAAAUAUGGGCGCUCGGCAGGCUACGCCCGAGGCCGCGAAUCGCAAUGUAUCGCCAACUCCCGGCGCCCUAGCUACGAAGAUUAGUGGUCCGACCCCGGCGAGCGCUGCGACCGGGCACACCGAGAUUACCCCCACGGCUCCCCUAAAUACUCGUCGGGGGACGCCAGAUAGUCACAGCAGUUCACAGCCGGUUCUGUCGCCGCCAUUCCCAGCAGCACCGGUACAGGACCCGUCAACUCACUCCCCGGUCAAAGAUAGCGACGUGCUGAGUGAGGAGAUAAUCAAGUCGCUCAGUCCCCCCCAGGCAGCCGGCAGUUUUACAGAUACUGCUGAAAGUUCUACUGCCGCGUACCAGGCUGCCGCUGCAGACCCUAUGCGGGAGAGUAGUUAUCUUGGAGAUGUGUAUGGGGAUUACUGGGCGACGGCUGAGGACAAGGCAGAACCUGGUUUGCUCAUUGCCGGCAAGACGAUCGACGCGGAAAAGACCGCACAGGAUCUUCCACCUCUUCCGGCCGGCCCACCCGAUGCAAAUGCAGCAAAGCCGGCGGCGGACACGGUUGGGAGUGGCCCAUCUUCCCCAUCUCAUGCCGCACCGGUCAAAGACUCGAAUAUUGAGCUCAAGAGUGUAGUCGGAAAUGGUGGGCUUAAGAAGCAAUUCUCCUGGGAAGCUUCGCCGCAUGGAGCGACCCCAGGAACCGUCCCGGACCCGGCAGCUGUCUCGCCGCCAGACACAGAAUUCUUGGUGGAACAGAAGGUUCUCGGCUCCGGUGUCGAUAACGUUAGCCGUUUGGCCUCGGAAGUCAGUACACCAGAGCCGGAGCCGGGGGCGUUGUCUCUAGUCCAGGAAGGAGAAAAGUCAGCGGAGGACCUCCGAGCCGAGUCCGCUCCCGAAUUCAACCCUGCGGCUACACUUGGCUCGACGCUGGGUUUAGACCGUCGGGUACAAUCACGCUCGUCAUCCUCGGAUUCAACGGACAGACAGGGCGAUGACAACCGACUGUCAUUGGCAGAGGAGAAGAUUGCCCUCCAGGAGUCGCGCCCCAUUCCCCAAUCUCCGCCUCUGGAGCAGCACCCGGUCUUUGGGGGGAGCCAGCAGGCGCGCGGCGCCGAGCCCCAAGGUCCUUCCUCGCCAAAGAGCAUUCUAGGUUUCCGGAACAUCAUGGAGCUGCCCUUACCGACAGACCGUAUCAAGCACUACAAAGAGACGCGGUGGCAGUUUUCUGCGGUCGACACUGGCCUGGACGAGUGGGUGCAGGCGAUGAUGUCCAAGCACCCAGAGCAUGCCAACGAUGUGCUCUCCCAACCCGGGAUGGCGGCGCAAACCCAACAGGGGGGCCAAGGGGCAGGCCUGGGGGGACGGGUACCAGCACACUUGCAUAUACCGCCCAGUCUUCAACAAGGCUUGAGCGGACUUGGGCACUCGAGUAACCAGGUGGGCACGAAGGGCAAGGAGCUCUUCAUGGCGGCGGGCAAGGCCGGCAAGGGAUUGUUCAGCAAGGGUAGGAAUAAGCUCCGUGGGACGGGCGACAAGGUGUUUUCGGGUUGAUAAACGGACAGACAGCAUUUACGGACGGGAGGACAGCGUUUAAUUAAUGUUGGGGAUUUUGUUGGCUCCACGCAUACACACCUAGUUACCUACCUAACUCUGUACAUCCAUCCAUACCUUACUUGGACGAGCACAGCGAACCUUUAAGGGGGU